AUGGAACGUUACUUUGACGGGUACCAGUUUUUUCAAUUUGCUGAGGUCCCACCCGUCUUAAAUACCAAUACUUGUCCUGAAUAUUUUCAACGUGUUCGAGAUGCAGCAACAGGAGAAACAGG